AUGCUUUGGCCACCUGCUCCUGCGCAGUGCGCGCGCGGCUACACAAGAACUGCUCAGAAGUUUCGGUUACGUCCUUAUUAUGCCUGGCGAACAGCAAAUAUCUUACGACGCCACUACGCCGUCGACGCGACAGUCACUUCUACCAGCCCGAGAGCGCCGGGGUCCAGAUACAAUGAGAUUGGCAUCCAGCAGCUGAGCGACAAUGUCCAUCGACAAAUAUUUCCAGACCAACAAUCCAUUCCUCGAAACGAUCUCGUUGAGCUGUCGCGAAGACAUCUCGAACAGCAUGAGUUACUGGGCAAGAACCAGGACAAUAAUCCUCCUGUGAACACGCAGAUACCUCCCUUGCAAGGUGCUACUCUCGACGAGCACUUUCAACGCAUUGCCUCUUAUGCCUCUCAGCCCUACCUCGACUACGCGAAGCGCUUUGCCGCGGCAACCACGCCUCAACGACCUCGAAAAUGGAUUCGCAGAAGUGGUUGGACCAAGUACAACUCGGACAUGACUACAGAGGAGGUCGACGCUCCUCAAGAAGAGAUGCUUUCGUUCGAUGUAGAGGUUAUGUGGAAAGAAACACCAUUCGCUGUCAUGGCAUGCGCCGUAAGCCCAAACGCGUGGUAUGCCUGGAUCUCGCCUUGGUUGCUUGGUGAGACCGAAAACACUGUACAGUUGGUGCCACUAGGAGAUCCUACGAAAGAGCGCAUCAUCGUUGGGCACAAUAUAGGUUAUGAUCGUGCAAGGAUCAAGGAGGAGUAUGACCUUAAUCAGAGUCGAAAUUUCUUUCUCGACACCAUGUCAUUUCACGUCGCUGUGAAUGGUAUGUGCUCUCGACAAAGGCCAACUUGGAUGAAACACCAGAAGAAUCGUAACCUGAAGGAGAGUAUGUCUGGCGAUCACAAUUCUGCUGAACUAGCCUCUCUCCUAGAGAACAAAAUGCUGAGUGAAGAGGAGGAAGAGUUGUGGGUGGGUCGCAGCUCCAUCAAUUCUUUACGCGACGUUGCUAAAUUUCACACUGGUGUCACUAUUGACAAGGCUCAACGUGAUUAUUUCGGCGAAUUGGAUAGAGAUGGUAUCUGCAAAAAGCUGGAAGAGCUUCUCGAUUAUUGUGCAGCCGAUGUCGACAUUACUCACAAAGUCUUUCGAAAAGUGUUUCCUAGCUUCCUAGAUACGUGUCCGCAUCCAGUCAGUUUCGGCGCUUUACGACACUUGUCAUCUGUUAUCCUUCCAGUAAAUGAAACUUGGGAGCAGUACCUGGAGACUGCUGAGCGGACAUUCAACGAAAGUCUCGAGAACGUAGAGAGACGCCUGCUUCAACUAGCCGAGGAUGCACUUGAGAUAAAGGAAAAGCCAGAGGUAUAUACUGCAGAUCCUUGGCUGAUGCAGCUGGACUGGGCAGGGCAAGAGAUCAAGUACAAGAAGACUAAGAAGAAGGGGGAGGAACCACAACCUGUUGCCAGACAAAAGAAGCCAGGAAUGCCAAAUUGGUAUCGUGACCUCUUCAUGUCUAGCACAUCUCCGAUCAAUCUGACUGUGCGGACUCGAAUUGCUCCCCUCCUGCUCAAGCUUACUUGGGAUGACUAUCCCCUGGUUUGGUCUGACAAGAACGGCUGGACUUUUCGUGUGCCAGUGUCCGAGGCAUCACGAUACGAGGGUGGAAACCUCACUCCAGCUGACCUGUUGGACGAACAGAACCUAGCCAUUCGGGACGACAGGCAACACGCGUACUUCAAGCUACCACAUAAAGAUGGCCCAACUGCUCGGUGUGCCAGCCCACUGGCGAAAGGCUAUCUGCAGUACUUCGAAUCUGGCAAGCUUUCUUCACGUUUCGCUUUGGCUAAGGAAGCACUGGAGAUGAAUGCUUCUUGUUCCUACUGGAUGUCAGCUCGUGAUAGAAUCAAAGGUCAGCUGGUGGUCAAAGCAUCGGAUCGUGAUCCUAGUCUUGUCGGCAGAAGUGACUUGGGCUUCAUCCUACCUCAAGUAAUUCCUAUGGGCACUAUCACUAGAAGAUCUGUGGAAAAUACCUGGUUAACCGCUUCCAAUGCGAAGAAGAAUAGAGUAGGCUCGGAACUGAAAGCUAUGGUCAAGGCACCGCCUGGCUACGUCUUUGUUGGCGCCGACGUUGACAGCGAGGAAUUGUGGAUCGCGUCGCUCGUCGGUGAUGCCCAAUUUCAGCUCCACGGAGGUAAUGCCGUUGGCUUCAUGACGCUCGAAGGCACAAAAGCUGCCGGUACCGACUUGCACUCAAAGACUGCAAAGAUUCUUGGCAUUUCCAGAAACGAUGCGAAAGUAUUCAAUUAUGGUAGGAUAUACGGAGCUGGACUGAAAUUUGCAAGCACGUUACUACGGCAGUUUAACGCGAACUUGGCAGAGAAGGAGACCACAGACAUUGCCAACAAACUUUAUCAAGCUACGAAAGGCACGAAAACACGUCGAAAGGUUCUCGGCAAUGGAACUGCCUUCUGGCGAGGAGGUACCGAGAGUCUCGUGUUCAACAAACUAGAAGAGUUUGCAGAGCAAGAGCAGCCUCGUACACCAGUCCUCGGCGCUGGCAUUACGGAAGCGCUUAUGAGGCGUUUCAUCAACCAGGGCUCCUUCAUGACUUCACGCAUAAACUGGGCCAUUCAGUCUUCGGGAGUUGACUAUCUACAUCUACUCGUAAUGUCGAUGGAUUAUCUGACCAGGCGAUUCAACAUACAAGCUCGAGUGGCCAUCACAGUGCAUGAUGAGAUCAGGUAUCUGGUGAAGGAAGAAGACAAAUAUCGUGCCGCCAUGGCUUUACAAAUCUCAAACUUGUGGACAAGAGCGAUGUUCAGCCAGCAGAUGGGUAUUAAUGAUUUGCCACAAUCCUGCGCUUUCUUCAGUGCAGUAGAUAUCGACUUCGUGCUCAGAAAAGAAGUUGAUAUGGAUUGCGUUACACCUUCGCAUCGUACGCCUAUUCCUCCAGGCGAAUCGCUCGAUAUCUACCAAUUACUUGCGAAAGGUGAUCAAGCCAUACUAAACCAGGAUACCAUACCGGAGGACAAGAGCGUUCUCGAGCUGGACAACAUGCAGUACAUACCUCGUGUACCAGUAAUGGAGAGCCUUACAUCCGGCUCAUCGACCAACGACCUGCGCUACCUUCGGGCUCAACUCGCAACCGACGAGAAAGAGCUCAAAUCGAUAGUGAAAGAGAUCGAGGCUGAAAGCAAACCUCAGACAACGAAGAAGGCACUCACCGGAAACGACGAUGAUAAUAACGACGGCAGCAUACCCAAACCUGCCGCAAAAAGAGGAAGGAAACCAAAACCAAAAGUUCCUGCAAUCCCAGUCUAUGCACAACCUCAACGAGCCGUGCUUAUGGAGGUUGCUGAUCGUUGGACAGCUGGACAGCAAAACGCAUUUGCUAGCCCGAAGCACAAGUUACCCUGGUGGUCUAACAAAUCGGUAAAAACUGGAGUUGCGACAGUCCCUAGUUUCGAAAAGGGAAGAGUGGACGAUGGUUGGGAAGUGUAA